AUGAACGCCGUCAAGAAGGUUCUCUCGAGCAAGUCGCAUUCCAGCGAGUCGUCGGACGACGGACGACACACCGCCACCACCGCCGCUACUUCGACCGGUGGCUCGCCCGCCACGCACCAGAAGGACAUCGGUUCUGCUGACGGCCGCCUGCACAACUACUCUGACUCUCGCUCCACCGGCGAGAAGGUCGAGGACAAGCUCGGUCUCGGCCGAUCUGGCGAUGUCCACGCUACCGACGGCAGCCUGCGUCACAAGACAGGCCACGACAUUGCUUCCGACAAGCACCUCGACCUGAACAGCGGCAAAGUUGACCAGGAUGUUCAGCACCUUGCUGCCGUCACGCACCACACGCACCAGCGCCACGAGGUGGAGGAGGUGACGCGCCAGAAGGAGCACGAGCGUCACGUCCACCACAUCCAGCACCACGUUCAGCCCGUGCUCGACUCGGAGCACUCUGCCGAGCAGACGCACACGAAGGUUCACCCGGUCACCAAGGUGCACGAGAAGCACGCCUCGACCGACAAGGAUGCGCACCUGCUGACUUCGGUGGCUGGCAAGCACGCGGACCAGUAUGCCGAAGCCCCCGUUCACCGCCAGGUGGUGGACAAGGGAGAGCAAGUCAACGAGCACAUUCACCACCACAUUCACAACGUCGUUCAACCCGUCAUUGAGAAGGACACGCACGAGUACCAUCGCAUCCAAACCACCAUCCCUACCCACGUCGUGACCCACGAGGCGCCCAUCGUCCACGAGUCGACCCACCACAAGCCCGUCUCCAAGGCCGACUUCCUCUCCGGCGGCGGCAGUCUGACCAACAACUCGCGCUCCGUCCACGAGGCCAACCUGCUCAACACGGGCAAGUGCGAUCGCACCGUCGAUGGGCUCGGUGAGAAGCUCGAGCGCGAUCUCGGCCUCAAGUCUUCUUCCACCGGCAACAAGACUACCGCCAUCUAA